AUUGUAUAACAAUAUGUAUGUUAAGGUCCUUCUGGGAAGAAAAUAGACCCAGAGGUAAGCCGACAGACAAAUGGAUUUCUGGUUCGUUUUAAACCCACUGAAGUCGGACCGCAUCAGGUGCUUGUCCUAUUGGAUGGGGUAACAGUUCCCGGCUGUCCAUUCAGUUGCAACAUAUAUGAUGUCAAUAAAGUUAAUAUUUCUGGAUUCAACUCAUGUUGUGUUGGAAAGCCGAUGACAUUUCAGGUGGACGCCUCACAGGCAGGAGAGGGAACACUAGAACUGGUGGUCACAACUCGAAAGUCUUCAGUCAGAGCUGAAGUGUUGAUGAAAAGCAGAGGUCUAUAUAAUGUAACUUUCGUUCCCCAAGAGAUUGUUUCGCAUUAUAUUAACAUCACUUUUAAUGAGGAAGACGUUCCCGGAAGCCCUUAUAAGAUUGAAGUAUUAGACGAUACGAAUGAUACAAUGCUUUCCAAUACUAAUAACAAACCAUCCGAAGAGAAAAGUGAUAAAAGAAUGAGCGGAGGAUUAGUUGGAGUUUUAAAUACUCUAGAAUUUGAUGGAACCAAUUGUGACGAUAAAAUUGAAGCCAUAGUCACUGGUCCGCAUCAGACAGUUCUUGAAGCAAAUGCUGUUAAGACAAGCGAUAAUAAAAUCAGAUUAGAAUACAAUCCAAAAGAGAUAGGAAUGCAUAAAAUCGAAAUAUUCAACGAUUCAAAGCCUGUCCUCAAGAAACCAUUCUUUAUAGGCGUUUGCGAUCCAAACAAAGUUAUUAUCAAUGAUUUACAGGACGGCGUUAUCGGCAGAGAACAUCAGUUUAGAAUCGACACGUCUCGGGCCGGGCGGGGAGUUCUCAGCGUUAGUAUUCUGUGCGACGAUAAAGAAGUUUCAGUUAAUAUAAAAGAGUUGUCUUCGGGUGUAUUCCUGGUCUCAUAUGUGCCACGAAUUGAUUUAUCGCAUAAAAUCGAUAUUAAAUAUAACGGGUUUUCUGUGUCAGGAUUUCCACAAAUCAUUGCAAUUAGAGAUCCGUCGCAAAGCAUUAUAGUUCACGGGAAUGGCAUUAAGCGGUCGAUUGCAGGCGAGAGCACAACAUUUAUCAUAGAAACGGGUGGUUUUGCUUCGGCUAAAGAUUUUGAUAUAAUAGUGACGGAUCCGAACGGUUCUCCUCUUCCAGUUAAAUGCUAUCAACAGAAAAAUGGCAGUCUUUUGGUUGAAUGGACUCCAUCUCAAACAGGUCACCAUAAGGUAGAUGUCCUGCAUUUAGAUAAACCAGUGUUCGGUUCGCCCUUUAAAUGCGAUUCUUUCGACGCCUCGAAAGUAAAACUCGAAAAAAUUAAAUUAAAUAAUUUAAUUGUCAACAAAAAAGUGGUCUUUUCUCUGAUGAGACAAGAAGCGGGUUAUGCAGAACUGGACGUCACUGUUACGAGUCCUUUGGGCAGACAUUUGCCAAUCGAAGUGAAGAGUAUGCCCGACGGCGAGGGAGAGCUCAUUGAAUUUGUGCCAACAGUUGCCGGCAAAUACAAAAUUGCCAUCACUUAUGGAGGCAUUGAAGUGCCCAAUAGUCCCAUCACUUUCAUAGCACAAGAAGGACUCUCUCCUAAAGUUGAAGGAAAUGGUCUUCAAAGCGAGAGUCCAUUCCAUCCAAGAAUAGUAAACCUUCAAAAGGUUCGGGUAAUCGGCGGAUGGGAUAACGUGUUGGAUAAGGACAACCAGAUUUCACUUUGUGUUGGAGAAGAAAAAAGAAUAUCAUUUGAUAUAAGCGAAGGCGGACCCGGAAAACUGAGCGCAAAGUUAAAGAAUUCAAAUUCAAGUUUUGAAGAAUUAGCCGUUGAACAGACGGCGGGCCAUAAGUUUAGGAUAUGCUUCAGACCCAAAACUGAAGGUUAUGCCACCGGUAUUUAUGGCGUGCCUGAGAUCAGAGUCGACGGUCCGGACAGUGAGGCCGCCUGUAAUAUCGAGAAGGAGGACGAGUUAUAUCACGUGACAUACGUUCCGCUCGAAAUCGGAGUCUUCGACGUUAGAGUCCUUUGGAAUGGAAGAGAUAUUCCGGAGAGUCCAUUCCAUCCAAGAAUAGUAAACCUUCAAAAGGUUCGGGUAAUCGGCGGAUGGGAUAACGUGUUGGAUAAAGACAACCAGAUUUCACUUUGUGUUGGAGAAGAAAAAAGGAUAUCAUUUGAUAUAAGCGAAGGCGGACCCGGAAAACUGAGCGCAAAGUUAAAGAAUUCAAAUUCAAGUUUUGAAGAAUUAGCCGUUGAACAGACGGCGGGCCAUAAGUUUAGGAUAUGCUUCAGACCCAAAACUGAAGCCGUUGAACAGACGGCGGGCCAUAAGUUUAGGAUAUGCUUCAGACCCAAAACUGAAGGAGAAUAUCAAAUAUUCAUAUAUUUCUCAGACUUAUUAUUACCGCAAACUCCGAUUCAAGCAAUUGUUAGCGAAGGCUCUCAGACUUCAGAAUGCGCUACAGUUGUGCUGAGAGGACACGGAUUAGCCGGCGCUCGGGUCGGAGAAGAGUCUGAAUUUACAAUCGAUGGGACGGAUGCUGGGAAUGGACAGCCGGAAGUGACACUAACCGGUGUAAAGGCAGAUAUACCCGUCAAAGUCACACAAAUCAGUGCUAAAGUUUUUAAAGCUGUUUAUAUGCCUUCAAUACAAGGAACUUAUCUAUUGAAUGUCAUUUGGGGCCAAAAGCAAGUGAAAGGCUGUCCACUCAAAGUAUCUAUUCUUCCGAGUUGUGACGCCAAACGAGUCAUCUGUUCCGGAGAUGGUUUGAAGAAUGGCUCGAUUGGCAAAGAGAUUAAAGCUUUUAUCGACACACGACGUGCCGGUCCAGGAGAACUGACGGCUCAUUGUGUGGGCGCACAUAAAAUCGCUUAUUGCGAACUAUACGACCAAAUGGACGGUACGUUUACAUUGUUUAUUAAACCACAAGAAGGAGGCAAACAUGUGUUGACUAUUAAAUACGGUGGCGAACACGUGUCGGGCUCGCCCUUCACCUUACGUAUCGCUGGAGCGCCGGACGCGUCCAAAGUGCGAGUUAUAGGUCCGGGUAUAGAACACGGAGUACUCCCUCUCUAUCAAAGCAGAUUCAUUUGCGACACUCGGGGCGCCGGUGCGGGUCAGCUCACUGUUUGUGACGCCAAACGAGUCAUCUGUUCCGGAGAUGGUUUGAAGAAUGGCUCGAUUGGCAAAGAGAUUAAAGCUUUUAUCGACACACGACGUGCCGGUCCAGGGGAACUGACGGCUCAUUGUGUGGGCGCACAUAAAAUCGCUUAUUGCGAACUAUACGACCAAAUGGACGGUACGUUUACAUUGUUUAUUAAACCACAAGAAGGAGGCAAACAUGUGCUGACUAUUAAAUACGGUGGCGAACACGUGUCGGGUGCAUUUCGUGUGGAAAUGCAAAGAGAGAGCCAAAAGGACAGAACAAUUCUGUGUAAAUACGAUCCGACAGAACCGGGAGAUUACCGAAUCGAAGUGAAGUGGUCGGGAGAGCACGUCCCGGGAUCUCCAUUCGUGGUCAUGAUAUUUGACACACAGGAAGAGUUGAGUCGAUACUUAGUCGGACAUUACGGCACUUCCAGCGGUGCCUCCGCUCUGCCACCGCUUAAUGCCAUUGAAUGCCUUAAUAACGGCAUCUCUUAUGGAACCAGUUUUGGAAGAAUGUCUUGGAGAGGAUCCACUGCUGAGCUCUAA